UAGGAAUGUAGUGAAGGAAAAGUAAAAGCUGUCAAAAAUAGAAAUAGUGAAGUACAGAUACCCCCCAAAAAAUACUUAAGUAGUACUUUCAAGUAUGUUUACUUCAGUACUUUAAACCACUGCAUGUUACAAACAGCCAAUCUUAGAAAUCUUAUAGAAACUUUCUUAUAGUGAAAUAAAACUGCAUCUGAAUAUAAAAGGCAAGGGGAUUGUAGUGUUAACCAAGGUUGGGUGAUGGUUGUGGAUUGAUGGGGUUAUAAGGGUUGGUUAAUGGGUUUGUGUUGAUUAUGGUCCAUACAGUACAAGCAUGGCUGGACGAUAUAGUACAGAGGAACUUCCUGGAUUGCAGCACCAGGUUAGAGGGAGGAGUAACAGACUGGGGACAUGAAGGGACAGUUCACACCCAUCAGAGACUCACACAGGGCUCCUGAUCAACAGGAGGAGAGAGCACUCAGAGAGAGGUAAUGUGCUUUUUUCUGCAUGGAUCAAAAGACAAGCUAUUUAACCAUUAUAGAGUUUUGUUUCGUUACAUUGAAUGACUGUUAAAACUUGAUUAUGACUAAGUAAUAUAAUGGUAAUAUUCUAUUAUUCAUUUAGGGCAUUUGAACAUAUUGCUUCAAAAGGCUUUAUAUAGCCUAGGUAUAAAGAUUUCUGAAUGCAGGUAAAUAUAUUUAUGAGCAGUUAUUAAUUAGCGCCUAUGUUGAGCAUUAUAUUGUAUUAUAAGGAGUCACUCAUAAGGAGUUAUAAAUGGGCUUGUAAUGCAUUAUGAAGAAGGCAUUCAUAUGAACCUUGAACAUAAAUGUUUCUUUGACAUCCUCUCUAGGCAUUACAGAAAAAUACAUCUUAGUUGAAUAAAAGUGUUAAGAAGGUUGUUAUGAAUGCCACUGUAGCACUCAUAAAGGUGUAAUGAAAUGUUAAUGUCCGAUGUGUAUUGCUAUAUGUUGUUAAUAUCACAACACCAUUUCAUAUUGUAUUUCACACUUGUCUCCUGCUCCAUACCAGUAGACACAGACAGAGAUAGUGACCAUUAGAGAAAGAGGAGAAAGAGGAGAGAGACCCCGGUGUUGUGGUUGAUUCAUCAAGGCAGUAGAGGCAGGAUGUGCGUCCUCAUCUGGGCAGCUCUACUUCUCUCUCUGACAGAGAGAACCACAUGCCCAACUCUAACCCAGAAGCCCUCAGUGUUGACUCCUCCUCUGACAGAGGGAGAACCAACGACUCUGACCUGCACCGCCACGGGAAUCGGCUCUGGAUCUCCUCCUAAAAUAACAUGGACAUGGAGAGGGACAGGAGACAACAACACUGAGCUUCGAGACAACACCACCACACAGAGGAGAGAGGACCUGACCAACGUGACAACAACCCACUUCUCAACUUUGACCUUUACCCCCUCAGCUGAGCACCACAGCAUGAUGGUUUCGUGUCAAGUAACCUUCCAGAAAACAUAUACAAUUGAAGAGACAGUAACUUUGAAUGUGUCAUAUGUGAAAGACCCCCAAAUAACUGGACAUGAAAUGGUGAAGGAGGAUGGUACCCUGGAACUGACCUGCAGUGUUGACAGUUACCCUCCAUCUGAUAUCACUUGGAGUAAGAAUGGGACAAGUCCCUCACUUCAGAAUUACACUGAAAAUGCCAAUCUCACCAUCUCCAAUGUGACAAGAGAACAUGCUGGGGAGUAUGUGUGUACAGUUCAUCACCACAACAGGACAAUGACAGCUUCCACCGUUGUCACUGUGCUGUACCUUCCUGUGAUUCUUCCUGGCUCUGGGUGUGUGGACCAGGCAGAGGUCAUGACCUGUGUGUGUGUCAGUCAGGGGGUUCCCUUACCCCUCAUAGAGUGGCCACUGCUGGAGCUCAACACAGAGAACACAACGUCAGUGUUGGGUUCCUCAGUGAACAGCACCAUCAGCCUGCUUGUUGGAAACUACAACAACAUCACUGUGGAGUGUGUCAGCAGCAAUGUGGUGGGUGUAGUGAGAGAGAAGUUGCAGGUCACCCAAAAUAAGAGCCAAGAAAAGCAAGAAGAUAAGGAAUGGGAAGACCUUAUAGCUAUGCUGUCGGACCUAAAACUGAUUGCUGCAUUUGUGAUUGGUGCAGCCUUCUCAGCCACCAUCUGUUGUAUCAUCCUGUGUUUGACAGGGAAAUGUAAAAGACAAAAGAAGAGGAUCCCAAAGGAUUCCAAAAGCCCUUUCAUAAACCUGGAGAUGGUGGCAUGUGAAGACCAACAGACGGAUGCAGGACAGGCUGUGGGGGGCGAACAGAACCCUCUGCAGUUGGAGCUGAGAGGAGGAGCAGAAAACGGAGGGACCCAGACCAGUGGAGCUACGGGAAAAUUUGACACAAGGGAAGAACCAAAUGAAGUGGACUACGCCAGUAUCAACUACUCCCUGCUGAAGAAGAAGACUCCUGAGGAGGCCGAGAAGAAGACCACCACCGCAGAGUCAGAGUACGCCAAAAUUAAACGAGAGAAGAAGAACGAAGGGGAUGAAAAUGGAGGAGAGGGGAGUGGAAUGAUGAUGAUGAUGAUGGGGAAGGAUGAGGAGAAAGAGAAUGGUAAGCCAGCAGCAGAGACAGAUGAGGAUACAGCGCUUUACUCCAACGUUAAGGCUAUUAUGGGUGGUGGAGAGUGACGCACAUAUUUUCGCUAGAAACAUGGGGGAUAGCAUGCAGUAUUGUAUAGCCAUGUGUUCCUAUAUCAUUUUUCUGAAUUCAGAUUGAAUGUUUUAUGUUGAUACUGGGACUUUUGCUCAACUGAAACUACUGUAGUUUUGGUGUUGUUUCCUCAUGUGCUGAAACAAGUUUGAAUGUUUUAUGAUAAUACAGAGAUGUUGUUUAAUAACUGAAACUACUGUAGUUAAUAGUUUUGGUAAAUGAUUUAUUUUACAGCCCUGUGUCAGAUGGUACUGUAUGUAUCUGGUGGUUGUACAUUUUCAAUAAGAAUAUUUUCUAGUUGUACAUAGAAGCAAGUUUUGGUAAUGUUUUUGUAAUGUUUUUCAAGGAAGCGUCAUUUAACUUUUUGUAACGAUUCUGUUAUGUCACCAUAAGGAAGGACUGACAAUGACGUGGUUUGGAUAAGUCGAGAGGUCAAACCAUUUCUUGUUUUUCUCCUCUUUCAUUUCAUUUAUUUUUAUGGGUGGGGAUUUUAUGUAGUAUGUGUGGUUGUAACCAAUAUAUUUCUGUACGUAGAAUACUGAUAUACUGCAGUACAUUUUGGCAAAAUGCCAUAAAGAAUUCUCAUUUUGGGCUAGCCAGAGAGCUCAAAUUAAAUAGUUAAAAAGUACUUAAAAGUUGUGUACUAUAGAUGGGUUGGUUGUUUGGCAACCAAACAGACGAGUGCACAACUAUGGGGUAAAACAGACGGGUUGGUUUCGAAUGUUGACGACAUAUUAACUAUAUUUCAUCUCCAAUGUUUUUUGAAAAUAUAAAUACAUUUGCACAA